AUGUAUGCCAAUCGAGGAACAGGCUCUACCGCCCUAAAGCGUCUUAUGACAGAGUACAGGGAAUUAACAUUGAAUGCUCCCGAAGGCAUCACUGCAGGUCCUAUUGAUGAAAAUAACUUCUUCGAAUGGGAAGCCCUCAUUGCUGGACCUGAAGGCACGCCUUUUGAGGGUGGUUUGUUCCCAGCUACACUUGUUUUCCCCAAGGAUUACCCUCUCAGUCCUCCUACGAUGAAGUUUACUUGUGACUUUUUUCACCCUAAUGUCUACUCCAAUGGCACUGUAUGCAUCUCAAUUCUUCAUGCCCCUGGAGAUGAUCCGAAUAUGUAUGAGAGUAGUUCUGAACGCUGGAGCCCAGUGCAGAGCGUGGAGAAAAUUCUAUUGAGUGUGGUAAGCAUGCUGGCAGAGCCUAAUGAUGAGAGUGGUGCCAAUAUCGAUGCUUGUAAAGUAUGGCGGACAGACCGUGAACGCUACAACGAGAUCGUGCGUGAGAACGCUAGAAAGACUCUGGGUCUCUAAAGUCUUUUUCGAACAAUAUUUUAUGUUUAUAUUUGAAAAAUAUUUCUUCAUUCCAAAACUUGCUUCGGUAAUAAAAGAUAUCAAUAC